AUGACCUACAUUAAGAAGGAUUAGGAUUUCUCAUAAACAAUUUUGACAAUCCAUAAAGUAAUCAAGAAGGGUAUCCAGCAUAAUCUUUUUUUCAAAGCUAAAUCUCGAGGAUAAAUUUAAAUUGAUGGUUAAUAUUACUUCGGAUUUGAGUUUUUCAAUGACUAUAUUAGCGAUAAAUUAGAAUUUAUAGACUGUCAGGAAUUAGAUGAAUUCCCAAACAACUGA